AUGAUAGAGAACCCAACUUUCUUUACUUUGAAUUUCAUCGUGCGUAACGAUAACAGAUACAGCACUAGUGCUGGUGUUGGAGGCAGAAGAGCCUGUUACCAGUGUGAUGAUGAUUUCGGUCAUCUUGCUAGAGAUUGCAGCUGUGCUGGCAAUGGCGGUAGUGGCGGCAGCGGUACAUGCUACAGUUGCGGCGGAAGAGGAGCAAACGGCUGGGGCUACUUUAAGUGCAGCGAGUUCGGCCACAUGGUGAGGGAUUGCAGUGGAGGCGGUGGCGGCGGUGGCGGUAAUAGCGGUGAUUGCUAUAGCUGUGGUGAGGUUGGUCACUUGGCCAGGGAUUGUAAUAGAAAAGGUGGUUCGGUGCUGGUGGAAACGGUGGAAAGAGCACGUGCUUCAAUUGUGGGAAGUCUGGGCAUUUUUUUACUUUGCAGAGGGUUUCGACGGUGA